UAAAACACUACCCACAAUAGCUACUUAGUAAGCUCUAUCCAACUACCAUACACGGUUGUGUUUUCUGGCUAGAUCAAACCGGAAGGAAUUCUGUGAAGGGAGUAAGAUUUACAAAGUUUAGAAUCUAGCUACGAAUUCAAUCCUGAAAAGACCUUACUUAGACGGGACUGUCGUCUCUUUUUUAAGUGAUUAAGGACUUCAUUGAAGUUUGAAUUGACAAUUCGAAUGAUCAAUCUGUUAAGUUCCUUGCUUCUCUUGUCUCUUAAUUCCUGUCUUUUCUCACAGUUUCAUUCGUUCGGUUUUUUCCUUCGGGCUCCACGAGUUAAGCAUUCCUAAAUACACUUCUUCGCCAGCUUGUAAAGGGAAGCCUUUUUACGUUUUACAAAUUUGGAUUGUGGGUUAUUAAGUAUAAUAAGACCAAUCUAAUUGAAUCCGUGGGUCUCUCCUAUUAUCUUUGCAAUCUAUUGUUCAUUACAACCAUUCGAAUAUAGACUUUCAUUUUUUUUGAUUUCUGUUGUGAUUUUUCAUCUCAAGUAUACAAUGACGCCGAACAACCGCACUGGCAACACAAGCGGCCUCAGUCGCAUCUGCAGUUCUGUGCUUGGUAUUUGUACUCCUAAGAAAGAAAAAAGCGAAAAAAGUAGUCCUAUCAGACCUGCUAGAAGUGUGAAAGAACAACGGCCAAAUUUGACUUUAGAACCCGCUCGUUCCAAUUUUAGUGAGGCAUUUCCCUCUCAAAUGCAGGAUAGCACAACCCCCCACGGUACUCCUGAGUUUAAAAACCAAUCUUUCUUUAGGAACAACGCCGUUUCCUCAAACAAUCAACAACCUUCUUCCCCUAGAUCUCCAUUGUCUCCUCAUCCGACUGCUUUGGACACGGGUAAUCUUGCUUCCAAUUCUCCGACAGAGCGAGGUCCAGUGCAGCAGAUCAGUGAGGUUAGUUCUCCACCUUUACCAUCCGGGCCACUUGAAGUAACUUCAGAUACUAAAGAACAGAAUUCCUCCUUGCCCGUGGAUGAGUCGCCGCCGCAACUGGGUCCUACUUCUGCAAAAACAAAUGACGAGCCUGUUUCUUCUGAACUAGAUACCAAGUCUAAGGAUGAAUACUUAGCACCUGCUUCGGAACCGAGGGAGACAGAAGCGAUGCCUAUUAAUUUCUUCCCUGAACGAAGUUCGUCUGGUUUCGCAUCUUCUCCUGCUUCGUCCGAUAGAAACCUGGCAGCCGAGCCGGUGAAACAAUCGGGAUCUUCGACUUCAUCGCAUGAAACUAUUGUACCACAACCUGUGGAUGCAAGAAUUGAUAACAAUCAAAAUACAGAAAGUCAAGGUAUGACGAACAAUAUAGCUGAACCGGAACCUUUACCUGAUUCUUCGACAAUUAAUGAAGUGAAUAAAACUGGAAACAUGGAAGGACCUAAGGUGAGUACCGGUGGUAAUACUGAAGGCCUAGAAGAACAGUCCAAAAAAGAAUUGAAUGAUGCUGGUGCUGAAAAACCAAUCGAGCCAUCUACACUACCUAACGAAGUCGAAGCAGAUGGUGCAUGGAAUGCCCCUCUUCCAUUUCCCAGUCCUCAUUGUCAGUUGAAACCUCAGUACUUGGACGAAGAUUUAACUGAAGAACAAAAGAGUAUGUAUAAAGAAGUAUUCAUAUUUUGCCAAGAUUUGAAAAGUAUUCCUGUUUCACCCAAAUCAGAAGAAAAAGAAGGAUUGUCAGAAAUCGAAAAAUACUUUCUUACUAAAGAAUGCAUAUUAAGAUUUUUACGUGCUACAAAGUGGAAUGCAGCUACUACCAAAAAACGCAUCCUUGAUACUCUUGUAUGGCGCCGUCAGUUUGGAGUUAACAAUAUGGAUCCUGAUGAGGUACAGGAAGAAAAUGCUACCGGAAAGCAGGUAUUGUUGGGAUUUGAUAAAGAUGGACGUCCUUGCUUGUAUUUGUACCCUGGUAGACAAAACACGAAAACUUCACCUCUUCAAAUUCGUCAUUUAGUAUUUUCGCUUGAAUGUGCUAUUGAGUUGAUGCCGCCAGGCGUGGAAACUUUGGCUUUACUUAUCAACUUUAAAGCAUCUUCUAACCGAUCUAAUCCCAGUGUUGGCCAAGGAAAAGAAGUCCUUAAUAUUCUUCAGACUCACUAUUGUGAGCGUCUUGGUAAGGCGUUGGUUAUCAAUAUUCCCUGGGCUGUCUGGGGCUUUUUUAAAUUGAUAUCUCCCUUUAUAGAUCCGAUUACACGAGAGAAGCUUAAAUUCAACGAACCUUUGGAGCGUUAUGUUCCAAUGGAUCAGCUUGAUACAAAUUUUGGAGGUUCUCUGAAAUUUGAAUAUUUUCAUGAAAAGUAUUGGCCUAAAAUUGUAGAAUUAUGUAAAACCCGUCGUGAAAAUGGACUUGAGCGAUGGAGAAAGAUGGGCUCGAAAAUUGGUACUAGUGAAUGGGAUAUAAAGGGUGGGAAUAAUUAUAUAAAUGACAUGAAAAAUUAUAUUCGUCCUGGACUCGGCAAUCGUUCCGGUUCUCCUACAAUGAACGAAGAAAAACAGAGGGAGUCGCCUAUAAAAUCCAAAGAUUCGGAUUCUCACAAUGUGGACUCUGAAUAUUCAAAUGGAAAGAAGAAUGAUUUUGGAACCUACAUAAAUGAUGAACGCCAGCGAGUACAACAAACUCCUCAGGAAACGGAAGUGGUACAUAAUAGAAAUAUGUCUAUGGCUAGUGAUGCUGGAUCAUUUGUUACUGCAGAUGGUAUGGAUUGAAAUACUAAAAUGCAUUAAGGGUUUUACCUCAUUUGCUUCCUUUUAUUAUGUUAUUGGCGUUAGCUUUAACGGGGGAAACGCGCUCUUUAAUAGAUGAAAAUUAUUUUAAUUCAAACUGGACGCGUGGUCUUUUGUAAAAACAGUUAAAGCUUUUAUAGUAUUUAAUAAACUUUAUAUAUAUCAACAUAAACAGAUGGUU